CUCCCCCUCCCUACCCGGCCCUGUAGCGGCGGCGGCGGCGGCGGCGGCGGCGGCGGCUCGGCAGCUACCAUGGAGCCUGCGGGUCUGGAACAGAUCCUGAAAGAGCUGCUGCUGCCGGACACCGAGCGCAUCCGCCGGGCUACGGAGCAGCUUCAGACCACCCUUCGGGACCCUGCUGCCUUGCCUGCACUCUGCGACCUGCUGGCAUCAGCGACCGACCCUCAGAUCCGCCAGUUUGCAGCGGUCCUGACCCGCAGGAGGCUGAACAAUCGCUGGCGACGCUUGGCACCUGAGCAGCGGGAGAGCCUCAAGUCCCUGGUCCUGACAGCAUUGCAGAAAGAGACAGAGCAUUAUGUGAGUGUCAGCUUGGCCCAGCUCUCAGCCACCAUUUUUCGAAAGGAAGGUCUGCAAGGCUGGCCUCAGUUCAUGAACCUUCUUCAGCACAGCACUCACAGUUCCCACAGCCCUGAGAAAGAGGUGGGACUUCUGCUGCUGAGUGUGGUGGUGUCUUCUCAGCCUGAGGCAUUCCACGCCCACCAGCAGGAGCUUCUUCAGCUUCUGAUUGAGACUCUCAGUGAAGUCAACUUCCCCGGAGUGCUCUUCUACUCUCUGCGCACUCUGACUGCCAUUGCCCGCUACCUCAGACCGGAUGAUGUGUCUCUCGCACGGAUGUUGGUGCCCAAAGUCGUUACUGCACUGAGGACUCUGAUCCCCUUAGAUGAGGUAAAAGCCUGCGAGGCCCUGGAGGCCCUGGAUGAAAUGCUGGAGACAGAGUUGCCCAUCAUCACCCCCCAUCUCUCUGAGGUCCUCACAUUUUGUCUAGAGGUGGCUAAGAAUGUGGCCCUGGGCGAAGCACUUCGUGUGCGUAUUCUCUGCUGCCUCACUUUCUUGGUCAAAGUCAAAAGCAAGGCCUUGCUGAAGCACCGCCUCGUGCCUCCCUUGCUGCAUGCCCUUUUCCCUAUUAUGGCUGCCGAGCCACCCGUGGGCCAACUGGAUCCUGAAGACCAAGAUUCUGAUGACGAUGAUUUGGAGAUUGGGCUGAUGGGGGAGACUCCCAAGCACUUUGCUGUACAGGUUGUGGACAUGCUGGCACUGCAUCUUCCCCCUGAGAAGCUCUGUCCCCAUGUGAUGCCCAUGCUGGAAGAAGCCUUGCGGAGUGAGGCCCCGUACCAUCGCAAAGCAGGGUUCCUGGUGUUGGCUGUACUAUCUGAUGGUGCUGGUGACCACAUCCGGCAAAGACUGCUAUACCCACUGCUACAGAUCGUGUGCAAGGGCCUGAGUGACCCCUCACAGGUUGUUCGAAAUGCUGCUCUGUUUGCCCUGGGCCAGUUUUCAGAAAACUUACAGCCCCAUAUCAGCAGCUAUUCCGAGGAGGUGAUGCCCCUGCUCCUUGCCUAUCUGAAGUCAGUGCCUAUGGGAAACACGCACCACCUGGCCAAGGCCUGCUAUGCUCUGGAGAACUUUGUGGAGAACCUAGGCCCCAAAGUGCAGCCCUACAUUCCGGAGCUUAUGGAGUGCAUGCUGCAGCCUUUGAAGAACCCCAGCAAAGCCCGGACCAAGGAGCUAGCUGUGAGCGCCAUAGGGGCCAUUGCCACAGCUGCCCAAGAUUCCCUGCUGCCCUACUUCCCAACCGUCAUGGAGCAUAUCCGUGAAUUCUUGUUAACUGGCCACGAAGACCUUCAUCUUGUGCAGAUCCAGAGCCUGGAGACCUUGGGAGUGCUAGCACGAGCUUUAGGAGAGUCCAUGAAGCCCCUGGCUGAGGAAUGCUGUCAGCUGGGGCUAGGAUUAUGUAUCCAUGUAGAUGACCCUGAUGUGAGGCGUUGCACGUACAGCCUGUUUGCAGCCUUAUCCGGGUUGAUGGGAGAGGGCUUGGGACCCUACCUGCCUCAGAUUACCACGCUCAUGCUGCUGUCGCUGCGUUCCACUGAGGGCAUUGUGCCUCAGUAUGAUGGGAUCAGCUCCUUCCUUCUGUUUGAGGAUGACAGCGAAGCAGAAGAGGAGGAGGAAGUCAUGGAUGAAGAUAUGGAAGAGGAGGAGGAGGAUUCUGAGAUCUCGGGGUAUAGCGUGGAGAAUGCCUUCUUUGAUGAGAAAGAAGAUACCUGCACUGCCCUGGGGGAGAUCUCUAUGAACACCAGUGUGGCUUUCCUUCCAUUCAUGGACGCCGUCUUUGAUGAAGUAUACAAACUGCUGGAGUGCCCUCAUAUGAAUGUGCGGAAAGCAGCUUAUGAAGCUCUGGGACAGUUCUGCUGUGCACUGCAUAAGGCCUGUCAGAGAAGCCCUUCAGAUGCCAACAGUGCUGCUCUGCAGUCCUCUCUGGCUCGAGUGAUACCGUCUUACAUGCAGGCAGUGAAAGUAGAGAGGGAGCGGCCAGUGGUGAUGGCCGUGCUGGAGGCCCUGACAGGGGUGCUGCGCACCUGUGGCAAUCUCGCCCUGCAGCCUCCUGGGCGUCUCAGUGAGCUCUGCAACAUGCUCAAGGCUGUGCUGCAGAAGAAGACAGCCUGUCAGGACGCUGAGGAGGAGGAUGAUGAAGACGAUGACCAGGCAGAGUAUGACGCCAUGUUACUAGAGCAUGCUGGAGAGGCCAUCCCUGUCCUGGCGGCCGCAGCUGGAGGACAUACCUUCGCUCCUUUCUUUGCCACUUUCUUGCCAUUAUUGCUGUGUAAGACGAAACAGAGCUGUACAGUGGCAGAGAAGUCCUUUGCCGUGGGAACCCUGGCAGAGUCCAUUCAGGGUCUAGGUGCCGCCUCAGCCCAGUUUGUGUCUCGGCUAUUCCCUGUGCUAUUAAACAGUGCCCGGGAAGCAGACCCCGAGGUGCGGAGCAAUGCCAUCUUUGGGCUGGGCGUACUUGCAGAGCAUGGGGGCUGCCCUGCUCGGGACCACUUCCCUAAGCUACUGGGCCUCCUUUUGCCCCUCCUGGCAAAAGAGCGACAUGAUCGAGUUCGUGAUAACAUCUGUGGGGCUCUUGCCCGUCUGCUGAUAGCCAAUCCAACAGGAAAAACAGACCCCCAGGUACUGGCUACCCUGUUACAUGCCCUGCCCCUGAAGGAAGACAUGGAGGAAUGGAUCACUAUAGGUCACCUCUUCAGCUUCCUACACCAGAACAACCCUGAGCAGGUUGUGGAUGUGACUUCAGAGCUCUUGCGCAUCUGCAGCCUGAUCCUGCCAGACAACAGGAUCCCGCCAGACACCAAGGCGGCACUGCUGCUUCUCCUGACGGUCCUGGCCAAGCAGCACACCGACAGCUUCCACACAGCCCUGGGCUCUCUGCCAGAGGAUAAAGCUCAGGAACUGCAGGCCUUGCUGGGCCUCACUUAAGACUACAGGCUACAGCUGGGCCGGGGGUCCGAAGACUGUCAGUCAGCCCUGGUCAAGUUCACCUUACCAAAGACUCUAUCCAUUGGAAGCCAACCGUGCUGUUUUAAGAGGGGUGUCUCUGGGUCUGGAUCUAUUACAAGCAGAGCUGUGGCAUCAUACUAUAAUAAAGGCGGCUUGUCUUCUGCUUGGACACUA